AUUUGGACCAGCUAGUGCGCGGGAGCUGGGCGGUGGGGCGCGAGCGCGCAGGCGCUGCCGGGGGCAGGACUGCGACUCCGGAAUCUCGGUGAGCCCCAGUCUACGCCGCACCCCGAGCCGCCGCCAUGGCCGCCUAUAAGCUGGUGCUGAUCCGGCACGGCGAGAGCACAUGGAACCUGGAGAACCGCUUCAGCGGCUGGUACGACGCAGACCUGAGCCCGGCGGGGCACGAAGAGGCGAAACGCGGCGGGCAGGCGCUGCGAGAUGCUGCCUAUGAGUUUGAUAUCUGCUUCACCUCAGUGCAGAAGAGAGCGAUUCGGACGCUCUGGACAGUGCUGGAUGCCAUUGACCAAAUGUGGCUGCCAGUGGUGAGGACUUGGCGCCUUAAUGAGCGCCACUACGGGGGUCUGACUGGCCUCAAUAAAGCAGAAACUGCUGCCAAGCACGGCGAGGCCCAGGUAAAGAUCUGGAGGCGCUCCUAUGAUGUCCCGCCACCUCCGAUGGAGCCUGACCAUCCCUUCUACAGCAACAUCAGUAAGGAUCGCAGAUAUGCAGACCUCACUGAAGAUCAGCUACCCUCCUGUGAGAGUCUGAAGGACACUAUUGCCAGGGCUCUGCCCUUUUGGAAUGAAGAAAUUGUUCCCCAGAUCAAGGAGGGGAAACGGGUACUGAUUGCAGCCCAUGGCAACAGCCUUCGGGGCAUUGUCAAGCAUCUGGAGGGUCUCUCUGAAGAGGCUAUCAUGGAGUUGAACCUGCCAACUGGCAUUCCCAUUGUCUAUGAACUGGACAAGAACUUGAAGCCUAUCAAGCCCAUGCAGUUCCUGGGGGAUGAAGAGACCGUGCGUAAAGCCAUGGAGGCUGUGGCUGCCCAGGGCAAAGCCAAGAAGUGAGGGCGAGCAGCAGAUUACUUUCCCAAGGACCCUCCACCCCUCACCCCGCCACCAGCCCAUCCCAUUCCUCUGCACCUCUCCCCUGCACAUGUCACACUGACCACAUCUGUAGGCAUCUCAAGUUGUAGUUGCAGAUGGGGACUGGUGGCUCCCAAUUUCGUUUUAGCCAUUUUGUCUCUUGCACCCACUCCCUUUAUACAGUCUAGUCAGAAUGGCACCGCUGGGGCACAUCCUCAGUCCAAGCCGAGGGAAGACUUUAUCCAAGAGCGCUGAGAGGUAGUAACUGGGGGUUUUACUAGUGCUUUGUUUAUUACUAAGGACCUGCCUGAGUAGGGGAUAGGGAGGAACCAUGCUAAGGUAUGACCACCAAGGAGAAGCAGGAGAGCCUAUUUGUGUUCCUGGGAGCCAGCUGGGUACUGUUCUAUUCAGGUGACUGAGGGCUCUAGUCAUUCCAGUGGAAGAUGAAAUAUAACCUGUGUGGUGAUUCAAACAUUUCCUCCCUGACUCGACGAUUGGGAUCAAUCCUAAAUGUUUAUGUGUUACAUUUACUUUUACAAAAAAAAUUUUAUAUAUAUAUAUAUAAAUUAAAAAACCCCUUGUGGGGUUUCUAGUAGCGGUUGAAAUAUUCCCACAUGUGGUCAUCAGAAAAUAAGUCAUUCCUUAUGCCAUCGUGGGGUAAGCUCCUUGACUUCUAAGGUGUAGGAGUUCAUCCUGUGUGUUUUAGGAUCCCUCCCCUGCCUUACUGUUUUCUGGCAGUGGAAUGCCUCUUGCUCAUGUCCAAGUGUGUCCUCCACUGUGCCUGAUUUCUGAAUCAUGUUCCAGUUGCUUGGCCCACCACUGGGGCCCAGAACUCACUUGAGCAUGAAUAUACUAAGUCUUUUUUCCAGAUCAGUAUAAUAAAGGAGUGAUGUGCAAUA